AUGUCUGAACCACGAUAUAGCCAAGCUAACAGCCGUACCUCUGCUCUUCACGCGCAUGUUGGUGGCGGUGUGGUCCCUGUGCAGUUGGCCCAUCCGAACUCUAACGCUGUGCUUUUCCUGUUGAUAGGUGCUGGGCCCGGUACUACAACUCCAGGACGAGAGUCCGUCGACUGGGAAGAGAAUCUGGAUAUCAAGGCUGAGACGUGCGCUGUCGACCACGGCGAUGAUCCCAACGCUGGUGUCAAGGACGAGCGGCUGAGGCUAUUGGUCACUGGGUGCUACUCGCUCCGCAGCCGCCCCGAGCACGACCCCGGGGACAUCACCGACAGCAAGGCCUUGGAGGGCGACGCAGAGGACAGUCAGCAAUUGGUGGGCAGCGCACUGGCAUCGAACAGCGAUACCAGUGACGCCCGCAAGACCGAAGAACCUGGUGCCAAGGCGAAGCAGAACGGUGCAGAACGGAGCGUACAUACUGUUGAAAAACCGUACCAAUGCGACAUAUGCAAGCAUUGUUUUGCCUACAAAAGUGACCUGCUUGUACACAUCAGGACACACACUGGGGAGAGACCUUAUAAGUGUGACUUCUGUAAGCAGCGUUUUUCUAAAUCAAGUAACCUUGUUCGACACAUCAGGACUCACACUGGGGAGAGACCUUUUAAGUGUGACGAUUGCAAGCAACGUUUUACUGUCAAAUGUAACCUUGUCGCACACAUGAGGACCCACACUGGGGAGAGACCGUACAAUUGUGAUUUCUGUAAGCUGCGUUUUGUUGAAAAAAGUACCCUCAUUAAACACAUCAGGACACACACUGGGGAGAGACCAUAUCACUGUGAAUCCUGCAAGCAACGAUUCACACAAAGAUCUCACCUUGUUAAACACUUAAAAACACACUCUUGCGAAAAGGCAUAGUAUUGCAGCCGUUGGGGAAAACGGAUUACACGUGAAUUGAAAGUUAUUGCUUUUAAUACUUUAAAACUAACCGCUG